AUGGCGUGGAUGCAGAAUUUGAAGAACUAUCAGCACUUGCGAGACCCGGCUGAGUAUAUGAAACAGGUUAUCUGUGAGAAAUAUUUCUCCUCGGAAUUUUAAAGUUUUCAGGUUUACGGCGAUCCAUUGGCUUACCUAAAAGAAGAUACGAAAUUCGUUACGGAAAGAGAAUAUUAUGACGAUUUCGGUUACGGAGAAUGCUUCAAUUCAACUGACUCAGAAGUUCAGGUGAAAAUAGUUCAAUUAACUUUUUUGAUUAAUUUUUUUUUUCCAGUGUGAAUUGAUAACCGGCAGUUUUGAUCCAAAGCUUCUACCAUAUGACAAAAGAUUGGCAUGGCAUUUCAAAGAGUUUUGUUAUAAAACAUCUGCUCAUGGAAUUCCAAUGAUCGGGGAAGCGCCAAAUGUUUAUUACAGGUAAAUAAGUUCUUAAGAACUGAGAUACAAAAAUUAUUACAGAAGUGUAUGGGUCUGCUUGUUUUUGGGCUGCAUGGGAAUGUUGUAUUUGAACGCUCAGUCAGUGCUGCACAAGUACAAUCGAAAUGAGAAAAUCGUCGAUAUUCAGCUCAAAUUUGGUAGUAGAUUUGGAAAAAUCCAAUGAUUUUUUCAUUUUGAGAUACUGCACCUUUUCCUGCGAUCACCCUUUGUAAUUUGAAUCCGUACAAAGCCAGUUUGGCUGGCGAGGUUGAUUUAGUCAAAAGAACAGUGAGUUUUUUUUCUUAGCAAAGAAAGAGAUUUUGGAAAAAUAAAUGAGCUCUUCUCAGCUUUCCGCUUUUGAUGGAGCAAUGGUUCAAGCUGGAGUGAAGCCCAAUGAAGGAGGAGAAGAAGAAGAAGCGCCAACGACAAAAAUUCCAGCCACAACGCCACCUCCGGCAAAAGGACGAACUCGCGGAAAACGCGAUAUGCAUGGAGCAUUCUUUGAGCCUGUUGGGCUUCUUUUUUUUCAAAUCCUAUAUUUGAUUUAGGGAUAUGCGCGGUGCCUUUGCGGCCAUAGUACUUCCAGUGAGAUUGACGACGAAGAGAAGAAACCUGAAGACGCUGGACCAACUACUCCAAAGACUUUCAGCCUUUAUGGUGCUUCUGCUUUCAAAACUUUCUAAGAGUUCACAGAAAACUUGAACAGAAUCUAAAAAAAUUAAAAAGUUUUCAAAAAUUCACUCUGAAUAAACUUCUUCUGUCAGAAUUGGAUUUUUUUCAAUAAACCGAAAAAAAUUGGUUUUUAUAAAUCCUGAGAUGAUCUGUUUCAAGAAGUCUAUACUUCAAAGUUUACUCUCAAAAUUUUUCUAAGAUGCUGACGAAGACGGCGACGGGAGAGAGUACGAAUACGACGAGGACAACCUGGAGUCAACGACUUCUUUCAGUGUUAUGGAGGAGUGCCAGGCUGAGAGGUCGCUCUACAGACUUUUUCAGUUGGUUAAUCAACAGUUUCCAGGACAAAAUACGAAGAACCAACUGGAUAUGACGAUCGGUGCAUUUGUGCCUUCGACAGGAAAACCCACGAUGCGUGGCCUUGUUUCUUGAAUGGAACUUGGGAACCAACGGAGUGCGAUACUUGCGACGCGCAAGCCUUCUGUACCAAAGACAGCAAAGCUUGUAAAGCUACUUCUAAAAAUAUCUGAACUUCUCGUCCCUUUCAGUCAAAGGACAUCGAUCCCCUUGCAUCUGUGCUCCGUCAAAGUUCUGCGUCGCCUACAAUGGAAAAACCCCUCCAAUUGAAAUCUGGACUUACCUUCAAGGAGGAACCCCGACAGAAGAUCCGAACUUCCUUGAAGCUAUGGGCUUUCAAGUUCAGUAUAUUUUCUGAAAUGCUAGAAGGGAGUUUUUUAAGGGCAUGACUGACGAAGUGGCGAUUGUGACAAAAGCGAAGGAAAACAUCAUGUUUGCUAUGGCUACUCUAUCAAUGACAGAUCGAGAAAGGCUAUCAACUACAAAAAGAGAACUUGUCCACAAAUGUUCUUUCAAUGGAAAGGCUUGCGAUAUUGAAUCGUUAGUCUCUCAAAUAUUGAUCCAUUACGGAAUAUGUACGUUUCAGAGACUUUUUGACUCAUAUUGAUCCAGUCUUUGGAUCUUGUUUCACUUUCAACCAUAACAGGACCGUCAACCUCACAAGUAUUCGCGCAGGUUAAUUUUUUCUGUUGAUUGCUUUAAAAUAGAAUAUAAAAAGCUUUAUAACUGAUGAUAUCGUUUUGAAUACAAUAAAUCAUGUAAAAUGGAUUUUGAAACUAUAAAACCGUUAAUUUUUCAUGAUAUAAGUUCCAAGACGACCUUAAAUUUCCAGCUUCUAACUCAAAUCACACUCUUAGGGCCCAUGUAUGGUCUUCGAAUGCUAGUCUACGUCAACGCAUCUGAUUAUAUGCCAACAACUGAAGCUACGGGAGUCCGUCUCACAAUCCACGACAAGGAAGAAUUUCCUUUUCCUGACACUUUCGGAUACUCAGCUCCCACAGGAUAUGUGUCCUCUUUUGGUCUCAGAUUGGUAAAUCUCACAUAAUUCUUAUUUUUGAUAAAAACUUUUUUGAGAGGAAAAUGACACGUUUACCAGCUCCCUAUGGUGACUGUGUCCCGGAUGGGAAAACUUCGGACUACAUCUAUUCCAAUUAUGAGUAUUCCGUAGAGGUCAGAUAAGGGAAAUUUUUAUUGAAACGAGUAGUUCAUCGUUAACAGGGCUGUUAUCGAUCUUGUUUCCAACAAUUGGUGCUGAAAGAAUGUCGAUGUGGGGAUCCACGUUUCCCAGUCCCUGAAAAAUCGAAACACUGUGAUGCCGCAGACCCUGCAGCGAGUAUAUUCUAAAACUUCGUGCCUAACAAAAAAGUUAAAAAUUUCAGGGAAAUGCCUAGACGCUCGGAUGAAUGAAUUGGGCGGCUUGCAUGGCUCAUUCAGAUGCAGGUUUCCAUUCUAAAGAGGUUCACCAAAAGCCAAAUUCAUUCUCAGAUGUCAGCAACCCUGCAGACAGUCAACUUACACGGUCACCUACUCUCCUGCCAAGUGGCCGUCUUUGUCUCUUCAAAUUCAGCUCGGAUCUUGCAAUGGAACCGCUGUGGAGUGUAAUAAACACUAUAAGUAAGGUAUUUCAUUUUUACAAAAUUAUGAAGAGAGUUUCAGGGAGAACGGAGCAAUGGUGGAAGUGUUUUACGAGCAGCUCAACUUCGAAAUGUUAACCGAAUCUGAAGCUUAUGGGGUAUGUUUUUCGAUUUUUUUUUAAUAUUUCAAAAAACUAUUAUUUCCAGUUUGUAAAUCUUCUUGCCGAUUUCGGUGGACAGCUCGGUCUUUGGUGUGGAAUAUCUUUCCUAACUUGUUGCGAAUUCGUGUUUCUAUUUUUGGAGACAGCUUACAUGAGUGCGGAGCACAACUACUCGUUGUACAAAAAGAAAAAAGCCGAGAAGGCGAAGAAACUCGCUUCCGGAUCUUUUUGA